AUGUCUCUCAAAAUCAUUGUGGUAUUUGGGGCGACAGGAGCCCAGGGAAGGUCCGUUGUCGAUGCCUUUCGUAAGGAGCCAUCGUGGACAGUUCGAGCGGUCACUCGAAACGAAUCAUCCGAAAAGGCUAAAGCCUUGCAUGCAGAAGGGAUUCAAACAGUAACUGCCAACCUUGACGAUCCUGCAUCACUCGAUAUUGCUUUCGACGGGGCCAAUGCUAUAUUUAGCGUCACCGAUUUCUGGGGAACUUAUUUCAACCCGGAGAACCAGGCAAAGGCAAAACCGGGACAGAAGCUGAUUGAUUUGGCGUAUGAGCUGGAACUACAACAGGGAAAGAAUAUCUUUGAUGCGGCGGCAAAGGUGAAGACUCUGGAUAGGCUCGUGUUCUCUGGGCUGUCACAUGUAUCCAAAUGGUCCAAGGGGAAAUAUAUGCAUGUACCUCAGUAUGAAGCCAAGGCCGUAGCUGCGGAAUAUGGGCAGGAGACACACCCGGAGCUCUGGAAGAAGACCAGUAUCAUCCAGCUUGGCUUCUACCUCGAAAAUUUCUUGGCUAGUCCGGUUUCAUUCCAUAGAAAGGAUGAAAAGGGGGUCGUCCAAUUCCUAGGACUCUUGAAGGGCGAUUGUUUGUUGCCGCUUAUUGCAGCGGAAAAAGACACCGGUUCGUUGACAAGGGCACUGGUGGAAGUGGGAGGUGGAAAAAACAUGUUAGCCUAUCGUGGACUGAUGACCUAUGAUGACUUUAUCAGUCUUUGGAGCAGAACAACGGGGAUCCCAGCGCAGAGAGAUCCAAACCCAGGCAAUGCAGGGGUUCCUGACUUCCUCGUGGAGGAAUUGAAAGAGACUUUUGGUUAUAUCGCGGACUUCGGAUACGAAGGACGGGGUGACCCCACGGUGGUUCACCCCAAAGACCUUGGCAUUCCGAUCGACCUUGGGAGUGUAGCAGACUGGAUCAAGCAGCAGGACUGGUCCUUCUUGAAAUGA